AGUGGACCAGGCCUCCCCAAUUAAGGCAAGAGGUGGGCAGCAGUAACAAAGGAAUAGUCCGUGGGAGCAGAUUGUCCGGAAAGAUACCCAGUAUCCAACACUGACAGCUACGGACGGCAUGGAGACCUAACACAGACACUUGGAGAGGAUGAACACAACAGCAAGCUGAUGCUGCUGCUGCUGGGAGCCCCGACCAGUCCCCUUCUGAGCCCCCCUCCCCUUCUGUCACCCAUUCCCCCUCUCCUUCCCAGUCCCCUUCUCAGCCCCCCUCCCCUUCUGUCGCCCAAUCCCCCUCUCCUUCCCAGUCCCCUUCUCAGCCCCCCUCCCCUUCUGUCACCCAAUCCCCCUCUCCUUUCCAGUCCCCUUCUCAGCCCCCUCCCCUUCUCUUUACCAAUACCCCUCUCUGUCCCCCUCCACCUCUGUAGGACAAACCACCACUCCACCCACCUCACUCUCUCUUUCCCAUUCCCCCUCUCUGGCCCCCUCCCCCUCUGUGAACCGAAACCCACCUCUCCACCACCCUCCCCCUCUCAAUCUGACCCACCAUCUGUACCAAGCUCCCCCUUCCAGCCUCUUUCCCCCAGCCAACCUCCUUGCCCCAUCCAGACUCCUUCCCCAUCCAGCCUCCUUCCCCCAUCCAGCCUCCUUCCCCCAUCCAGCCACCAUCCCCACCUUUGGAAUGGGCAGCAGAGGCCCCGGAGGCACUUCUGGGAGGUGCUCAAGUGGCACAGGACGGACGAACACAACAGCAAGCUGCUGCUGCUGCUGCUGGGAGCCCCGACCAGUCCCCUUCUGAGCCCCCCUCCCCUUCUGUCACCCAUUCCCUCUCUACUUCCCAGUCCCCUUCUCAGCCCCCCUCCCCUUCUGUCGCCCAAUCCCCCUCUCCUUUCCAUGUCCCCUUCUCAGCCCCCCUCCCCUUCUGUCGCCCAAUCCCCCUCUCCUUCCCAGUCCCCUUCUCAGCCCCCCUCCCCUUCUGUCGCCCAAUCCCCCUCUCCUUCCCAGUCCCCUUCUCAGCCCCCCUCCCCUUCUGUCGCCCAAUCCCCCUCUCCUUCCCAGUCCCCUUCUCAGCCCCCUCCCCUUCUCUUUACCAAUACCCCUCUCUGUCCCCCUCCACCUCUGUAGGACAAACCACCACUCCACCCACCUCACCCUCUCUUUCCCAUUCCCCCUCUCUGGCCCCCUCCCCCUCUGUGACCUAACCCACCUCUCCACCACCCUCCCCCUCUCAAUCUGACCCACCCUCUGUACCAAGCUCCCCCUUCCAGCCUCUUUCCCCCAGCCAACCUCCUUGCCCCAUCCAGACACCUUCCCCCAUCCAGCCUCCUUCCCCCAUCCAGCCUCCUUCCCGCAUCCAGCCACCAUCCCCACCUUUGGAAUGGGCAGCAGAGGCCCCCGGAGGCACUUCUGGGAGGUGCUCAAGUGGCACAGGACAAUGCUGCAGUUGGAGAUCCCACCAGUUUGCCGGCACUGUUACUACGCCUAAAAGGCAAUUUAAGGGCCGUCAUUGCUGACAU